AUGUUGACGGAGCGGAGGAGACGGGGUGUGCCUCUGAGGAAGGGAGGUCCCCUGACGGUUGUCCAGGCGGUUGAGUCUGGGAGGGUCCUACUCCCUUGCCACGUGGCUCCUCCGGUGCCCACCGAUGAAACCAUCCUCAUCCUCUUCUACCACGGAGCUAUUGGGACGCCCAUUUUCAGCAUCGACGGGCGCAACGGGCCCAUCAAGCGCGCCCCGCACUGGGCGGACGAGGCCACGCUGGGCUCGCGGGCGUACUUCGACAUGUCUGCCGACCCGCCCGGCCUCGUGCUUAACCCGGUCAAGGCGGCGGACCACGCGGAGUACCGCUGCCGGGUCGACUUCCGCUCCUCGCCCACGCAGAACGUCCGGGUGCAGCUCGAGGUCAUAGUGCCCCCAAAGCGCAUCCGCAUAAAGAGCGAGGUGGGCAUGGAGGUGAGCGGCGUGAUCGGCCCCUACCCCGUCGGCGCCUCCGUGUCCCUGGUCUGCGAAGUGGAGAGCGGACGACCUCGCCCCAGCGUGUCCUGGUUCCACGAGGGCUCACUCCUCGAUGACGUCAGCGAGGUCAAACGAGGGGAGAUCACGACGAACACGCUCACCAUCGCCUCCCUGACCCGGGCUGACCUGUAUCGGGUCCUCACUUGCCAGGCUUCGAACUCUAACCUUUCUACACCCGUGGCGGCUACAGUGACCCUUGACAUGAGCUUUCCUCCGCUGGACGUCCGAAUCCUAGGCUCCAUGGAGAGUCUGAGCGAAGGCGAGCGCUACGAGAUCGUGUGCGAGUCUUCGGGGUCCAGGCCAACGGCGACGAUCUCCUGGUGGAAGAACGGCAUGCUCAUGACGGACACCAAGAGCGAGGUCUUCCACGAGGGGAAUGUGAGCAGGUCGACUCUCUACCUGACGCCCUCCGUCGCCGACCACGACACCUACGUCUCCUGCAGGGCCAAGAACCCCCUGGUUCCUUCGGCCGUUCUGGAGGACUCGAAGAAGCUCAAUGUUCACUACACCCCCCGCCUCACCCUCGCUCCUGGCCAGAACUUGGACAUGGAAGAUAUCGAGGAAAGUGACGACGUGUAUUUCGAGUGUGGAAUCCAAGCGAAUCCAAGGGUGUAUAAAGUCCAGUGGUUUCAUAAUGGCGAAGAACUCAACCACAAUGUCUCCGCCGGAAUCAUCCAGAGCAACCAGAGUCUCGUGCUGCAAAAGGUCACCAGGAAGUCGUCGGGGCAAUACACGUGCUCGGCGACCAACCUGCACGGCACCGGGGGAUCCAACGCCGUGCAGCUCAGUGUCAAAUUCGCUCCCUUGUGCCGCGCUGGCCAGAAGGUCGUUUAUGGCGGAGGGAAGCAUGAGGAAAUCAACGUUACGUGCAGCGUGGAGGCACACCCAGAGCCCAAGUCUUUCAGGUGGGCCUUCAACACGUCUUCGGAGAUGGUCGAUAUCCCUUCGAGCAGGAUCUGGGUGGUGGGGAAGGGGCGGAGUCAGGCGUCCUACACCCCCAGAACGCACCUGGAUUACGGCUCCCUCCUCUGCUGGGCCAACAACGACGUGGGGCGACAGCAGCAGCCUUGCAUUUUUCAUAUCAUUCACGCAGCGUCACCGGAGCCGGUCAACAACUGCACCGUCGAGAACGUGAGCUCGACGGGCGCCUCCAUCAAGUGCCUGGCAGGGUGGAACGGCGGCCUCGACCAGACGUUCACCCUGUCCGUCACCCACGCCCGCGCCCACACCCGCGCCCACGACAAGAAAGAGGCCCCGCGCGUCCUGGCCAACACGUCCACGUCGCCCAAGCCGGAGUUCACCCUCAGCGGACUCGAACCCGGGACGGAGUACGUGCUCACCAUCAUGGGCGUCAACAAGAAGGGCCAGAGCGAGCCCGUCAGGAUGGCCAUUUUCACCCUGAAGGACGUGGCCGAGAAGAGGACGAGUCCAGGCGCCGGCACCCUGGCCCUGACGCCAAUCCUGGCCGUCCUCUUGGGCGUCCUGGCCUCCCUGCUCCUGAUGGCCCUCGUGAUCGUGCUGGUGGUCAGGUCGCGCCGCCCACGCCCACGCAGCGCCGAGGUCAAGAUGGUGUACGACAAGGGCUCAGCGGCGGCGCCUCUGAGGGGUCACCACGACGAGAGCUCCUCCGCCGACGACCAGAAUCCGGACAUCAUCCCCGUCAACGAUGACCACCAGGUAAAGGACCUCCACCAAGAUUUCUCCGCUGAAACGCUCCCUGUGGUUGAACAGCAACAGCAGCAACAGUCUCCUCCUCCUCAGCAACAGCAACAACCACAGCAGUCGCAGCAGCAGCCACAGCAACAGCCACAGCAACAGCACGCGAAAGAGUACCUGGGGGGAGACGGUUCAUUCUACAUCAAUCCGGGAACUUUGCUUCGACAGAAGGGUGUGAUGCUGCCGCGGGAGUCGGACCCUCUUCUCCUUGUGGGCUGCCCGCUCGCAGCCUCAACGCCCACCGCCCGCAGCACCCAGCCUAGCGUGUACGCCCACUUUUCCCCCGAUCAGCCUGGCCUCCCGCCUUCCUACGUGCCCGAGCUCUCCACCGCGACCUUGCCCAAGGCCUUCCCCCGCGACCUGCCCUCCGACCUCCCCUACCCCACCCACGACCUCACACUAACCUCCCUCCUGCCCCCCUACUCCCACCACUCCCUCACCCUAGGUAGGAACGGCUCCCUCUCAUCGGGACGAGCCACGCCCUCCUGCUCCUCCUCCGCGUCCUCCACCAACCACCACGGAUCUGCCUCCACCGUGGCCUUCCACCCUGAGAGCGAUUCUCCCAGGGCGCCUUUAGUCACCCCACGAGAUAAGACUAGCAGCCCCAACCACCGGGAGAGCUCGGUCUAGUCUCCCUCCUAGUGGCUAGUCUCCAUCCUGACUAGUUACAACCCUAUGUCUGUCACUCUAUCCAGGAGCCGAAUCAUGCAGAGCAGGAACGAAGGGGAGGAAGAGGAGGAAGAAGAAUCAGCCAGUGCAGUGACGUCUCGCAGGUCUCCAUCGCGGAUUCAGUGGACGACCUACAAGCCUCCACCAGGUUCUAGGGCGUCUUCCGUCGGUGCCAGGACGCCUUCGCCGGAUCCCAGAAGGGCCCCAAGGUCUCGUUCGGCUUCGAGGGCGACCUCCUCUGUCGGGGGUAGGUCACCCUCGCCAGAUCCAAGGGCUUUAUCGGUAGCCAAGGAUCCCAGGCCCUCCGCUUCAGUCAGGACGCCUUCGCCGGGACCAAAGGGCGCGGUGGCAACCCUCCCUUACCUGCCGGAUAAGCUGAGGAUUGUGUGUCCUCUGGAUUCGAAAAUAAGGAUAGAGCUGAAGAUGUAAGAACUCCUGUGUCCGGAGCAGAGUGACUGACCAGUCGAUCUCGGUGAUUUUCGCCAGUUUUUUCUUUUUUUCUGGACGAGGAGGACUCCAGUCAUAUAAGUAAUAUAUAUAAAUAUAUACAUAUAAAAACGUAUAAUUAUUUCUAAAUCCAUUAUGAAAAUUUUGUGUGUGCGUGUGGCAUAAUGGAUGCGUUAUAAGAUUUUGCAGAUGUCUAAACAAAUAUUAUUGAUGGAACAGAAUCUGAUUUCAGUGUGUUGGAGCAUUAAUGUAACCUAUAUUUCCUUAUGCUCAUUCAAAGAAGUUUUAUAUUUAUUAGAUGUAUAUACGUGAGUGACCGAGAUAUUUUGAAAGAGUGAAAUACAGCCAAUCAGACAAUACCUUCGGGAUCCCAAAGUGUUUUUGUAAAUAUUUCUAUAAAAAAAAUAUGUAAAGAAUGCGUAAGGAACUGUUAAAGAAAAAAGUGCAUAUGUUUAUGGUGGAAAGGCCGAAAAAAUGUAAAUUGUUCAGAGUACCGUGCGUCAACUAUAUCGGCUAUCCUUGUAUGUAAAUCUAAAUUACAUGAUCGUUGCCUCUGUAUUAGUCCAGAGAACAAUCGUUGUCUAUUUUGUAUGUCUUUUGUCCAGAGAGGAAAGGUAAAAUAUUGCCAAGCAGGUUCCAACUACUUAAUUUCAAGUACUGAAUCACUAAGGAUAUGAUUUGUCAAUGGGAGGUCUAAACAUCUGAAUUUGCAUUCAUACAAACACAUACACCCAUAGCCGUGUGCCUAUGUGAA